UAUCGCACCCUCGGUCGCUUUUUCACAUUCGAACUCAGUGUUCGCAAAGGGCAUCAUAUUGUCACGACCGGACCAUACACUGUCAUACGCCAUCCAUCAUACACAGCAGGUAUUAUACAGAUGACUGGCAUGGUAAUACUGCACGGAUCGCCCACUUCGUGGCUUAGACACUCCGGAGUUCUAGAUAUUCCUGGACUCAAAUUGGCUGUGGUGUCAUGGCUUGCAGUGAUCACGCUUCUUGUUAUCAACAUUGUGUUUAGGGUCAGCGAAGAGGAUGAAGCACUGAAAUCAGCUUUCAGAGAUGAGUGGGCGAGGUGGGCGAAGGUGGUCAGGUACCGACUGAUACCUGGCGUCUACUGAACCCAUUGCACUCGACAUAUUGGUGUUUUGCGACGGUUACAACUAUUCCCCGUUCAAUCUUAGAUGACCCGCUCAUAUGAGAAGACCGUCUCUCCCUUUCCUCGUCCAAAGUUAGAGGGGAUUCAUUUCAAAGUCUCAUUCUACAAUAGCGCUCAGUUUCUUUUUUAGAUGACGGUGACACUGGUAACUAGUUUAGACUGUAGUGCAAUGGACUUUGUACAAAUUUUGUAUUAGUCUUUUUUCUACUUUCUCUUUGUAAUCUGAUAUGCUCCUAGGCUAACC